GAAAAAUUAUAAGAUUUUCUAAAAAAAAAUAAAAGUUACGAAAUUGUGUUUAAAAAGUUUUGAAAAAAUCUUCGAACAAAUUGAAUAAAAUUAGAUAAUUUGUAUUGAAAAGUGGCAAAACAAAUACAGGAAAUUUGAAAAUUUGCCGAAAGAAAUUAUAAACGAAACUACAAAAUAAUCUCUAUAAAUGAAAAUAAACUUUAAAUAAAGAAAAAGAAAAAUUUUAAAUAAAAAUUUUAAAAACUAUCAAAACUAAAGAAAAUUUUAAUAACAAAAUGUCUGCCGCUACAUUAUGUUUUUGGCAAAAUUCUUCAACUGCAGCAACAGCACAAACUAGCUCAAUGCCCGAUAGUACCACCAGUCCCACCAACUCGACCAUGACUUUAACCCCCGAUUCACCAACGAAAACUUUACAAAUUAAACAAUUAAAUAAAAGCAACAGUAAUUUGUUAAAAAAUCAUCAAAAUAAAAAUAUAAUUAAUACAAACAACAACAACAACAGCAACAAUAACAUGUUUCAAUAUAACAAUAAUAACAAAAAUAUACAUGAUUGGGAAAUGCAAAGUAAUGGUAUCUCCCAAAAUACUCAAUAUACUCAUCACAACAACAACAACAACCACAGCAGCAGCAACAACAAUCACCACUACAAGAAAAACAAUAAUAUUAUUGUUUUAGAUGACAAACAACAGCGUGAUCAGCAUCAUCAACAUACCGUAGAACUUUCCAAUUCUGUACGUCUUAUUGGUGGUUAUGAUGCCCAUGAUGUUGAAAAUAUUAAUGUAGAAGACGAUAAUGCUGGUGGUGCUAGUGAUACUGUUGAUGGUUUGUCUAAAUUCUAUUGUAAUGAUAAUGAUGCUGAAAAUAAUGAUCGUAUUGCAAAUCUAAACGAUCGUAUGUUGGUUGAUCAAGAGGUGGCUCGUAGUCAUCAGCUGCUUAGAAAUUUGUCUGCAGCUUAUGUAUCCAGUGCGGCAGCUGCCGUUGAGGCUGGCAGUGGUGGUGGACGUCAACGUCAUGCUCCACUAUAUGGUCGUUUUGUAGGUGAAGAAGAGCUUCCUGCUACACAUCGCGAUGUUAUGCAUCAUCGAUCUAGUCCAACGUCUUCAUCAGAGGUGCGCGCCAUGCAAGCACGUAUACCAACACAUUUUCGUGAUCCCGCAACGGCGCCGUUAAGAAAAUUAAGUGUGGAUUUAAUCAAGACCUACAAGCAUAUAAAUGAGGUCUACUAUGCAAAAAAGAAACGUCGUGCCCAACAGACACAAGGCGAAGAUGAUUCCUCAAAUAAAAAGGAACGUAAAUUAUAUAAUGAUGGCUAUGAUGACGAUAAUCACGAUUAUAUAAUUAAGCAUGGUGAAAGAUUUUUGGAUCGUUAUGAAAUUGAUUCAUUGAUAGGUAAAGGUAGUUUUGGACAAGUGGUCAAGGCUUAUGAUCAUGAAGAGCAAGGUUAUGUAGCAAUAAAGAUAAUUAAGAAUAAGAAACCGUUCCUAAAUCAGGCACAAAUUGAGGUUAAACUAUUGGAAAUGAUGAAUCGUGCAGAUGCAGAAAAUAAAUAUUAUAUCGUUAAACUUAAACGGCAUUUUAUGUGGCGCAAUCAUUUAUGUUUAGUAUUUGAAUUAUUAUCCUAUAAUUUAUAUGAUUUAUUACGUAAUACAAAUUUUCGUGGUGUCUCAUUGAAUUUAACACGAAAAUUUGCUCAACAGCUAUGCACUGCUUUGCUCUUCUUGAGUACUCCCGAACUGAAUAUAAUCCACUGUGAUCUAAAACCCGAAAAUAUAUUACUUUGUAAUCCCAAAAGAUCAGCCAUAAAUGUUGAUUUUGGCAGUUCUUGUCAAUUGGGUCAAAGGGUAUACCAAUAUAUACAAUCACGUUUCUAUCGUUCACCGGAAGUUUUAUUAGGCAUACCUUAUGAUUUGGCCAUUGAUAUGUGGUCUUUGGGUUGUAUUUUAGUGGAAAUGCAUACUGGCGAACCUUUAUUCUCCGGCUGUAAUGAAGUCGAUCAAAUGAAUAAAAUUGUUGAGGUCUUGGGUAUGCCACCCAAAAUCUGCUCGAUCCAAGCGCACAAGACUCGUAAAUUUUUCGAUAAAAUCGUCUCAGAUGGUUCGACUGUUUUGAAGAAAAGUCAAAAUGGUCGUAAAUACAAACCGCCUGGGUCACGUAAACUACCACGAUAUACUGGGGCGUCUGAAACGGGGCCGGGUGGUCGACGUAUGGAUGAGCCGGGUCAUUCGGUAGCGAGACUAUUUAAAAUUCAAAGACUUAAUAUUACGAAUGUGGAUUUUGAUCCGAAGACACGUGUCACACCGUAUUAUGCGUUACAGCAUAAUUUCUUUAAGCGUACCACAGAUGAGGGUACCAAUACGGGUGCUGGUUCGGUACAAACUGGUAGUAUAGCAAUAUCUUCGCCUUCCGUUAGUUCAACAUCAUCAUCGACGGCCGCUCUAGUGCCGGGUGGUCAAAUGGUACCGGUUAGUGCGGUGCAACAUUCAGAACAACAGAGUCAUGGUAAGUUUUUAUAAGAAUUUUAUUUUUUACUUU